UUUGUUUCUGUUUUUGUAUUUUCAUAUUGGUUCUUUGGUUAACAAUUAAUGGCAAUCUACAGAAUAGCAAUUGGAUCUCCUAGAGAAGCUAGUAAUCCUGCUGCCAUUAGAGCAGCUUUCGCAGAAUUCUUCUCUAUGAUCAUUUUUGUUUUUGCCGGCCAAGGCUCCGGCAUGGCUUAUAACAAACUUACAAAGAAUGGAGGUGCAACUCCUGAUGGUCUUAUAGUGGCAUCAUUGUCUCAUGCAUUUGGGUUGUUUGUGGCUGUUUCUGUUGGUGCAAACAUUUCUGGUGGUCAUGUCAACCCUGCAGUCACAUUUGGUGCUUUCAUUGGAGGAAAUAUUACUUUCUUGAGAAGUAUUUUAUAUUGGAUUGCGCAGUUACUUGGUUCUGUUGUUGCUUGCAUUCUUCUCAAUUCAUGCACUGGUGGAAUGGAAACAUCAGCUUUCGCACUAUCCUCAGGUGUGUCAGUAUGGAAUGCAUUGGUUUUUGAGAUAGUAAUGACAUUUGGGUUGGUAUAUACAGUUUAUGCAACAGCAAUAGAUCCAAAGAAAGGGAAUGUUGGUAUUGUAGCACCACUAGCAAUAGGUUGCAUCGUGGGUGCAAAUAUCUUAGUUGGGGGUGUAUUUGAUGGUGCAUCAAUGAAUCCAGCAGUGUCGUUUGGGCCUGCUGUGGUUAGUAAAACAUGGACUCAUCAUUGGGUCUAUUGGGUUGGCCCAUUCAUUGGUUCAGCUAUUGCUGCUAUUCUUUAUGAUAACAUCUUUAUUGGUGAUGAUGCUCAUGAACCUCUUUCAAAUAGUGACUUUUAGAACUAUUUUUCUAUAACUUUUUUAUAAUUUUUUA